CAGCGCAGCACACGGAACGCCGUUUACCUUCCCACUGGUAAGCAGUCCCUAUUUAUCUACUUGCACCUGGGGGUGCUUUCGAACUGCUAGGUUGGCAGGCGCUGGGACCGAACGACGGGAGCGCACCCCGCCGCGGGGAUUCGAACCGCCGACCAUGUGAUCGGCAAGUCCUAGGCGCUGAGGUUUUACCCACAGCGCCACCCGCGUCCCACUCGCCACCUGCGUUCCCCCCAUUGCUCCCCCCCAAAAAACCCCUUUGUUUUCUAUUGAUUUAAUUAUAUUUACAGUGGUACCUCGGGUUAAGUACUUAAUUCGUUCCGGAGGUCCGUUCUUAACCUGAAACUGUUCUUAACCUGAAACACCACUUUAGCUAAUGGGGCCUCCCGCUGCCGCCGCGCCGCCGGAGCCCGAUUUCUGUUCUCAUCCUGAAGAAAAGUUCUUAACCUGAAGCACUAUUUCGGGGUUAGCGGAGUCUGUAACCUGAAGCGUAUGUAACCUGAGGUACCACUGUACUAUCCAAUUUCCCUGCUUGACAGCAUUGUAUGAUAUUUACCUACUCCAAACUGGCCCACUGUAAUCGAUAAACUCGACUAAGUCAGGUCCAUUAAUUGCAAUGGUAAAAAAAAUAGUUGAAUACCACCCAUUAUCAUUACUUUGUUGCUCUAUUGUUCUAUGAGCUUUCCUCGUUAGUCAACGUUAUUACCACAUUAUGAUUGCAUUGCAAAAUGUGGAAGCAGAGAAGAUGCAAUUAAUGCAAUGUUAUAUGGAAGAAAAGGAGGCGAAGUUAAUGUAAUAUCAUACAGAAGAAAAGAAGGCAAAAGAAUAUUACCUUGUAUGAGAGCUGUGCAAAGGACAAGUAUCAGGAUUACAAGGCAGGACUUCUGGAUCAUCUUUGCUGCUCUUGCUCCUGCUGCGGCUGCUGUGAGAGGAGGAAGUGUGCUGUGUGGUGGAGUCAGAGAGCUUUGAGGCCAGUAUUUAUUGGCUAGCUUCACCCACUUCUGACAUCCCCUGGGGAAAUUCCUGCUCCUUUCACUUUCCUUUCCCACGCCACUGUAAUUUCAAAUAAAUCAUUUCCCAUCUCCUAACUGCCAGAAAGGUGCCAGUGGAAUAAUGGAAUGGUGUGUGGGUGUGUGUUUUUAACCAUUCCAGACAAAUUUUCCUUGAAAGCCAUCACUUUUAGCUCCAUACUUCUUCCCAUGUUUACUUUUUGCUCUCCAUUUUCUCAAUAAUAAUUAAGAUGUCAAAGAGAAAAACAACUACCAGACUUUUAGAAGACAUCUGAAGGCAGCCCUGUUUAGGGAAGCUUUUAAUGUUUAAUAGACUAUUGUAUUUUAAUAUUCUGUUGGAAGCCGCCCAGAGUGGCUGGGGAAACCCAGCCAGAUGGGUAGGGUAUAAAUAAUAAAUAAAUUAUUAUUAUUAUUAUUAUUAUUAUUAUUUAUUUAUUUAUUUAUUUCCUGAAGUAAAUCAAGCACUUAGCUCUAUACCUUUCCUGCUUUUUAUCCUCUAAAUACUAAUGUAGUUGUUGAUUUACCUUUUUUGUGUUGCUUCUCCUUCAUUCAUCCAUUUUCUCUUGCUGAUUCUUGUUCAUAUAUCACUACUGCCUUUCUAAUACUUGGUUAGAAUUUUAACUGUAAAGUGGGCUGAGAAUUUUUUUUUGAAGGGUGUUCUAUAAAUAUUCUGGCCAGAGAAGCAAUAUUAAUUUAGCUACUUCAUAGAGUUUCCCCCCAGCAAGUUUUCAUUAUUAUAAUUCUAUAGCAAGUAUGUAAAAAAUAUAAAUGAAGACAGGAAUCUGCAAAAUACCUAGUAAAGUAACUGCAAAGAGGGAGAAUAAUCACAUCAAAUAAAAACUCGUUAUUACAACUAGUCUUCAUGUCAUCAAUAAAAGGUCUUGAGUGCUGUUUACCGUCUGAUAAAUAAACAGCAUUUCAACAUUUCAGCUACUUUCUGUUUAUUCAUGUAAAAAGAAAGGAGUUUACUGUAUUCCGGAUAUUGACUACUGUUUUGUAGAAUUCUUCGUCAGCGUGGUGGGAGGAUAUGGAAUUGCUUCAUAAACCCAUCUUAUUUCGAAUGAAUGUAUGUAAAUGAAAAUAUCAAAUGCUGUGGAACAGUGCUCAUGUAAAACAUUCAUUCGAAAUAAGAUGGGUUUAUGAAGUAGUCAGUAUCCGGAAUCACUGUUCAGUGUUGGACAUCAUAUUUACUGAAUACACAAAGCUUCACAGCUUGUCUUUCAUCAUACAAAGUUUGGUACCUCACUUCAUUUAAAGAUUUUCAGAGACUUUGAGACUAAAGAUUUCAUUUUGUACUUGUUAUGGUUUGAAGGAAUUCUAUAACGAUUGUCUAUUACGUAUGUAUACGGUCAUUGUGUUGCCUAGACAUUGCUGACGUUCUCUUUGCAACACAGGGGUUUGUUUGUUUGGUUACUUAUUGCAGGACCAGAAGGCAGGCAGGUGGACUAGGAGGAAUCAAAACAGUGGUGGUUAUUAGAUAUUAAUCAGAUUAGUUAUCAGAUAGUUAAAAAUUUGACCUUUUCCUGUUAGUCAAAGAUCAUAAGACAACCCGGAUGAUUGCCAGAUUCUGCGUACAUAUCUGUAGGCGCAGACCAUCCCCCAACCCAAAAUAGUUUGUUAAGAAAAUCCCCAAACUUGUUUCCACGGUUGACUCUGGGACAUCUCUCUGCGGUAGCUUAUCUUAAAGUUUUAAGUGUCUAUAUGCUUAUCGCACUUAUAAAUUUUAAAUUUAUUGUUGUACAUGGUUUUAAAUGUUUGUUUUCCUUCUGGGAUUGUACCCCCAAGUGUGUUUUAUAAGCUGGUCUCCGACCGUAAAUUAUCUAUAUCUAUCCUCUAUCUAUCAUCUAUCUAUCUAUCAGAUAUUUAUUAGUAUUAGCUUAGUAUUGUACGCAGCCCGUAACUUCUGUUCUUCUUUGCAAUCUGGGUAAUCCAGAUUUGCCAGAUUAUGUCAUCGCUUCCAUGGAACAACUGCUUUUGGAACAAGGAAGUCCGAGUCCUUGCGAAAGCAGGUUGUCGUUGCAGCAGAGGCGGAAGCUGGAUUUUAAAAAGCUGGGGGUAGGAAGGAGGCGUAGGAAUUUCAGGAUACGCCUACACACAAAACGAGAGGGCUGAUUCCUCUUUCCAGCGACCUCAUUUUCAAAUUUGGCCAGAAAAGGCAUUAAUAAGAACAAAAUGCACCCAGAGGAAUUGCAUCUUCCUGUUCUUAGAUUUUCAGUCUGUGUCUUAUGCAACUUCUUGCACAUAUGUUUCAGCACCCAGGAAAACAUAACAGGAGCAGCUUUUAAAUGUAGGGAUUUUUCUCUUUCAACGGGGAAGGAAUUACCCCCCAAACAAAUCCUGGGAUAGGAUUGCAGCCUUAGAGUCAAUUUACACAUGAGCUGAGUCUUGAAUCCCCCCCCCCCAUAAGGUAGGGAUUUUAAUGCCCAAGUACAUACCUUCCAACAUUUCUCUGAUGAAAAUGGGGACGUCCCAUUCCAUAAUGAUAAUUUUAAUAUUUAUACCCAACACAUCUUACUGGGUCUCCCCAGCCACUCUGGGCAGCUUCCAACAUAUAUAAAAGCAAAAUGAAACAUUAAACAUUAAAACAACUUCCCUAUACAGCGGGUUACAUACACUUCAGGUUACAGACUCCACUAACCCAGAAAUAGUACCUUGGGUUAAGAACUUUGCUUCAGGAUGAGAACAGAAAUUGUGCGGCGGCAGCAGCACAGCAGCAGCGGGAGGCCCCGUUAGCUAAAGUGGUGCUUCAGGUUAAGAACAGUUUCAGGUUAAGAACGCACCUCUGGAACAUAUUAAGUACUUAACCCGAGGUACCACUGCACAACAUUUGAUUCAGAAUAUUUUUGUGUGUGUUUUCCUCCUUUAAAAACUAGGUGUGUCUUAUGGUCAGGUGCGUCUUACGGGGCGAAAAAUACGGUACUUUUGCCUGAUAUACACAUUUUUGGCAAAGUAAAUUUCAUGUCAUGUACUGCAUUUUAAAAUAACUUCCCUACACAGGAUUGCCUUCAGUUGGCUUGGGGGUUGGAUAACUCCAUACCCUCCAACAUUCCUCCAAUGAAAAUAGGGACAUCCUAAGGAAAAGUGGGACAUUCCGGGAUGAAAUCAGAAACCGGGAUGGCUUCUCUAAAUCAGGGAUGUCCUUGGAAAAUAGGGACACUUGCAGCAUCUGCAAGUGUUUAUGGGAAGCUACAGUCUUGGAUAAAAUGGCUGUCUCUGCUGGCCUGUACAGUGGUACUUUGGUUCUUGAACUCGUUCCAGGAGUCCAUUCGACUCCUGAAAUGGUUCAAAAACCAAGUUGCAACUUCCGAUUGGCUGCAGGAGAUUUCUGCACUCAAGCGGAAGCUGCGUCGGACAUUUGGCUUCCAAAAAAUGUUCACAAAGCAGAACACUUACUUCCAAGUUUGUGGCGUUUGGGAGCCGAUUUGUUCGACAACUAAGCCGUUUGAGAACCAAGGUACCACUGUACUCUUAAACUCUUCAGUGUAAGCUUACUGCUAUGCUACAGAGAAAGGGUCUGCUCAGUGCUGGCACCACAUCUAUGGGCUCCUCCUUCCACUGAGCUUUGCCUGGUGAAGUUUCUGUGUCAGGAAAACACUAACCCCCACCUCCCCCAGGUCCUCUAUACAUUGCUUUUACACUUCUUGGUGCUAAAUCUUAAUUUUGUACUAACUGCUAUUAUACGACACUUUUAUAUGCUGCAGUGUUUAAAUGCUUUUAUUUCCAUUCUGUAUGGUCAUUCGCCUCAUUGGCUGACACAGACCAAACAUUAACAGAAACUGAUGCUAAAUUUUUCUUUUCUGCUCCAAGGACCUGUAAAGCAAUUUUGCAAAUUUUUAUUGUAUCUUGGCUGGUUCCUGUCCUUAGUUUAUGUCAGCAGCACAUGUUGUCUUUAGAUGUGGGCACCAUGUUUCACCUCAGGCCGUAGGUGUGCAUACCCUCCAACAUUUCUCCGGUGAAAAUAGGGACAUCCUAUUCCAUAAUUAGAAUAAUUUUAUCAUUUAUACCCCGCCCAUCUGACUGAUUUGCCCCAACCACUCUUGACAGCAUAUAUAACAUAUAUAAAAACAUUAAACAUGUUUUUAAAGCUUCUCUAUACAGGGUUGCCUUCAGAUGUCUUCUAAAGGUUCUGUAAUCACUUAUCUUCUUGGCACUGGGGUCGCAUAACUCCAAUUCCUACCAACAUUUCUCUGAUGAAAAUAGGAACGUACUAAGGAAAAGCAGGGAUGCGGGUGGCACUGUGGGUUAAACCACAGAGCCUAGGACUUGCCAAUCAGAAGGUCGGCGGUUCGAAUCUCUGUGACGGGGUGAGCUCCCGUUGCUUGGUCCCUGCUCCUGCCAACCUAGCAGUUUGAAAGCAUGUCAAAGUGCAAGUAGAUAAAUAGGUACCACUCCGGCGGGAAGGUAAAUGGAGUUUCCGUGCGCUGCUCUGGUUCGCCAGAAGCGGCUUAGUCAUGCUGGCCACAUGACCCAGAAGCUGUACGCCGGCUCCCUUGGCCAAUAAAGCGAGAUCAGCGCCACAACCCCAGAGUCGGCCAUGACUGGACCUAAUGGUCAGGGGUCCCUUUACGAUUACCUUUAAGGAAAAGCAGGGCAUUCCAGGAUCAGUUCAGAAAUUGGGACGGCUUCUGUAAAUCCUGGACUGUACCUGGAAAAUAGGGGCGCUUGGAGGGUCUGAGUGUGUGUUAGAGAUUCGAGGUUUCGGUGUUUUAUUUACUUGUAUCAGGUCUGCACCUGUGUAAUAAAAACGUCUAUUUUUUUAAUUUGCUUUAUUGAAUUUUUAAAUGUUCCCUUUUGCGAGCUGUGCCAGAAACCUGAUGACGGGUGGGAAGUGAAUAAACAAAGGGAAAAACAAGCUGACAUUUGGAUGGCAGGAAGAGAUUCUCCUCUCUCUCUUGGAUGCACAUAGCUCCUUAGCCAAAAUAGCCCCUCUCACAAGACGUUUUAUUUUCCUGAGGGAAAAAAGUUAUGUGCGUGGAGCAGCCAGGUCCAGAUUAGAACUUCCUGCAGCUGCUUUGGCUAAAUUCCACUGCCGGCUCACUGACCCCCUCGUAUAAUGGGGAAAAGAGAGACAUUAUGUAACAGAGCAGCAGAAAUCCCUCUCAGGACCGACUGAUACAUCACAGUUGUUUUUCCUCCAGAGUUUGCAAACACUUCCACUUCCUUAUCUGGCUAUUUCCAUGAGCUGGUGUUGCAUAUCGAAGUGCAUUUGUGUGGUAGGCAGUGACCCUUGUGGUUAGCUGUGAAUUUCAGUAUCAGCUGGCCUCUGGGACCGCUGGCGUGGGGGACGGGACUUUCCCAACAGCCUGUGUGUUCUGCUAAACAGUGGUGUUAUUAGAAGCCAGGGCUGCAGGGCCUUUCCAGAUGAUGCCAUUCAAAACCCAAUUUUUCAUCACGUUAAUUCGUUACCACUUUCAGUAGCCUCUGCAGUAGGCUGUUCCCAUCUCAAAUUAUAGGUUAUUUUCAUUUAUGAAUCUUUUCCCACGAGGCCCCCCAAAGUGGUUUACAAUAGAAUACAAACCAUAUACAGUGGACACUCGGGUUGCGAACAUGAUCUGUGCUGGAGGCACAUUUGCAACCUGCAGCGUUCGCAACCCGCAACCUGCACGUCUGCGCACAUGCGGGUCACGAUUUGGCGCUUCUGUGCAUGCGCAAGUGCCGAAACCCGGAAGUAACCCAUUCCGAUACUUCUGGGUUCGGCACAGUGCGCAACCUGAAAUUGCGCAACCCGAAGCAUCUGUAACCCGAGGUAUGACUGUAUAAAGCAGUUACGUAUACAGUGGUACCUCAGGUUACAUACGCUUCGGGUUAUAUACUCUUCAGGUUACAGACUCUGCUAACCCAGAAAUAGUGCUUCAGGUUAAGAACUUUGCUUCAGGAUGAGAACAGAAAUCGUGCUCCGGCGGCGCGGCAGCAGUGGGAGGUCCCAUUAGCUAAAGUGUUGCUUCAGGUUAAAAACAGUUUCAGGUUAAGAACGGACCUCCGGAAUGAAUUAAGUACUUAACCACUGUAUAAAAACAGUUAACUGCAUGCAUGAAAGCAAUUUAAAAAACUCUCAAAUACUACCUGUAGCUAUCUGUCUAUGUUUAAACCAACCAUGGCUUAGACAUAAAAGCAAUUCAAAUCCAAGACAGAUCCCUGCUGGGAUAAAGAUCUCAAUUUAGAAAGCUUGUUGAAAGGGGAAUACCUUUAGCAAGUGCUGGAAAGACAAUAGGGAAGGUGCCCCUCUGAUAUACGGUGGGAUGGAGUUCCACAGGAAAGGUACCAGCAUGCUAAAGGCCUGAUUCUGCUAUCGUGUGGAACCGACCUCUGUUGCAGAUAUUAAAUAUUGCACAGUUUGAAGCAACUGGAAGCAUAAGAACUGGUCAGAGAUGAAUGGAUGGAGGCAAGAUCCAUAGAAAGCAAGGCAGAUCUUUAUUUUUCAACAGGGCUCCCUCCCCUCCUUGCAAGGAGGUAGGAGAGACCCAGAAUGAUGGUGCGCAAGCCCCUAUAAAGACUUUUGAAAUUGCCCACCUUGUACCCCAAGACCACCCCCCGAAACAGCAUACAUACAUCACAGAAGGAGGCAGUCCCCAGCAGAAAUUUGAGAGUGUUGCUUUUCUCCUGUCUGCCAGGAUACCUGAUCAUGCCUUACUUGAUUGCAUUUUCUGGGUAGCCUGGCCAUGAGAUGGUAGUUCCUGAAUCUCUUACACCUAUUGAUAGUUUGCUCAGCUUAACAGAUACUUUCCAGACUGUAUUUGCAGGGAGAUGUAGGCCUCUACAGUCCAAAGACAACUGGAAAGCUUUUCUCAUUUCCUUCCUCCUUGCAGAGAAAUAUUUGAGGUCAAUUUGGGAGAGUCAAAAUGGCUUCAGGAUUGCUCUCCUAUUUCAGACAUGUGGUUUAUAUACUCAUGUUUGCCUUGUACAUUUAUGGACAUUUAUUCUAUAUUUAGGACCUAAGGAAUUAUUGUAACACACCCUCCAAGCCUUAUGUUCCUUUAGUGCAGAAAUGGAGAACGUGAGGCCCCUAUCUCUCUCUGACUCUCCCUGCUCUGGGUCCUCCUCUCCUCAUUUUACGUGGCUGAUAUGCAUCCUUGAACUCUGACAAUGUCUUGUGAAACAAAAAGUUUAAGGUUAUAUAUAUAUAUAUGAUAAAGGUUCAUAACUGCAUAUAUAAACCACAUGUCUGAAACCCCACAGAAAAAGCCCCGAAACCAUUUUGUCCCUCCCAAAUUGACCUCAAAUAUUUCUCUGCAAGGUCGAAGGAAAAUGGAAAAGCCUCCCCAUUGUCUUUUCCUUCACAAAAUCCUGUCUUAAGGGUAUGUCUGUGUAUGAAAAGGGCGAGCCUGUGACCUGGCUCAGGAACUAAGUCUUUGUCAUUACAGAAGACUGGCCAGGCUCCCCAGGGUAUCCAAUCAAGUAACCAUUAACAGGUAACCUGCUAGACAGGAGAUAAACAACGCACUCAGAUUUCUGUUGUAGACCGCCCUUUCUGUGAUGUAGGUAUGAUGUAUGGAGGGGUGGUCUUGAGCUCCAGGGCAGGGAAUUUAAAAUGUUUAUAUAAGGGCAGGCACACCUUUGUCCUCCUCCUUUCCUACGUGUGAGGGGAGCACCCUGUUGCAACAGUUUCAAUACAGAUCAGGCUUACGAGCUGCUUUGCUUCUCAAUAUUCUCUGGUUGGCCUCUCUUAUUUUCUCCGGCCGAUGGAGAACCUACAAAGGACUCUAUAAGGGCUCUUGUAUCCAACAUAAGGGAAUAAGGGCAGAUUUUUGUUUAUUACACUUGCUUGCUAGGAUGGAGAGCAGUGCCUGUCUGGCCCCCCCACAUCUGUGUUUGCCACACACACCAAUGGUUUGCGGCCCCUGCAAUGCUGCCCGUGAGGGAAUGUGGCCCUCAGUCUGAGGAAGGUUUCCCAACCUGCCCUAGCAUGCUGUGAGUGGAUCGAGAUCUUCAAGGUUUCCUCUGCUGGUGUUCUCAGGUUACCUCCUUACAGCAUAAAAGGCGGGUAAAUCCUCUUCGUCCCUGCCUGUAGAAAAUUUGCUGCUGUGAAUGAACCAGCGCUGCAGAGUUCGGUUGCCACAACAACCGGGCCCAAACACACCAAGGGCACAUGCUUAACGGCGCUCAGUUGUCUCCUUUCUACCGGGAGGCAAAGAUUUGCUGCUUUGUGAAAACUCUGAAGCCAGCCACCCAAUGUUGCAAUAUUUGCACACGUCUUAGGUGCCAGAUUUUGUGUGGAAUUUUGCUACUUUCACCUGCUGGUAUGUAUUCUUCUAAUUGCAAUUUUAGCUAAGAACAGUUGUAGUUCUAAGAAAACAUACCCGGUCUAAGCCCCAUAGGAAUAUGGCCUGGGGUUGUGUGGUAAAUUCCAUUUUUUUACAUUGUAAAUAUAAUCUACAAACUUCAGUUUGAUCCUGCAAGUUUGGUGGUUGGAACCAUGUAUGUAUUUAUUAUUAUUAUUAUUAUUAAACAUAGUGUUGUUGUUUUCCAGAUGCAAGGAGAAAAUGCCCUUUAAAUGCUUUCAAAAGCGUUCCCUUAACAAAUCCGGGCUUUUGGAUUCCUUAAACGGCCAGCGCUGGCGUUUCCUGAAAAAUGGCUUGGACGAUUUCAGGGACGGUUUCCCUCCUCCUUGUGACAACAUUGUCAUCCAACGCCCAAAGGAGCUCACCCCUAUUAUUCUCCCUAGUAAACCUGAGGACCCAGGCAAAAUGCAACCGAGGGCCAAAAGAAUGCUGACCAAGCCCCAGACGAAGACCUCCAAAAUCAGCCCAAAUCUGCAAGCCAGAAGGGCCUACAUUGCUCAGAUUGAGUAUUGCCUUAGCCAGCACCCCUUAGCCCUCUACCCUCAUCUAGAAGAAAGCAUUCCCCCAGAGGUAAGGUUCAGCAUUUGUGCAAAAAUUAUUUCAGCUGAUGCUGAAACAAAUCUAAAGGGUUGUCAUAUGAAGAUAUGAUAGCCAUCUUCAAAUAUCUCAAGGGCUGUCACAUGGAAGAUGGAGGAAACUUUUUUUCUCCUGGUUAGGCCUUGAACCAAUAGCUUCAAGUUACAAGAAAGGAGAUUCCCACUAAACAUUGGGAAGAAUGAGGGAGGAUUUUGGUUCAGGUCACAUAGAAAGGCAAAUCUACCUAAUGCACACUUCCUGCAGCAACACAUGAAAUGAAACCCACUUUGAUAUUCACACAACACAUGGUAAAACUACCAUUCUCUUAAUUUUUAAAGGCAGUUUUCUGAACAAGCAAUGUGUAGAAAAAUGCAUGUACAGUGGUACUUCGGGUUACAGACGCUUCAGGUUACAGACUCCGCUAACCCAGAAAUAGUACCUCAGGUUAAGAACUUUGCUUCAUGAGGAGAACAGAAAUCGCGCUGCGGCAGUGGGAGGCCCCAUUAGCUAAAGUAGUACCUCAGGUUAAGAACAGUUUCAGGUUAAGAACAGACCUGCAGAACAAAUUAAGUUCUUAACCUGAGGUACCACUGUACUAAAUGCAUGCAUAAAAGUGGGUCUAUUAAUUAAAACGGCAUGCAAAAAGGCAUUAUACAGUAUUAGGCAAAGUCAUAUAGAAAAUUGUAUACAUUAGGAGAAAUUUAAAGCAAGCUGCUGACAAAUAUUAAUGAGGACUCUUUUUAAAAAAUUGCAGACAGAUGUGGAAAUGUGGAGAAGAUUGGAAAAAUAAGAAACUGAAAGAAAAUCAACUUGACAGAUUUGCCUGUCCCUAAUUGUGACACAGGCUGUUUCCAGCUCACUUGUUUAUUGAGCAUGCAUCCUGAUCAGUUUGUGGGCAACUUAAAUGACAUUGUGUUGAAGCAGGCACUAUCCAUACUUUCCAUUGCCUUUUUCUAUCACUUUCCUUCUUGCAAACAGUCUAGUCCUUUGGGGAAGUGGGAUUGUUUGCAAGAGCUACAGGUCACAUUUAAUUGCACAGCUUAAAUUUGCUGGUAUUUGAUUUGGAUGAUGAUAUUAUAAAGUUAUAUUCCCUCCUUCCACCCAAAGGGGCACAGGCCAGCGAAUGAGAAAACAUCUAAUCACAAUUUGCAUGCAAAGCAAGUUGCUUUACCACUGAGAUUUCACCACUGAAGGGGAGUUAGUGAAAGGAAUAAUCUGCUGUGCACCACCGACAUCGUUUGCUAUAUCUCUCACCCGAUACCAACAGGGGAUUCUCUGUAAAAUACAAAUGAGAGGAACUUCCCUUUUCGGGCUCUCACACCUCACAAAUAUGGUUGAGGAACAGGGUUCUUACUGCAGGGGACUUUUACUGAUGUUGCAAGGGGCAUCAAAGAACCAUGCUCAUAAUAGACUGAAGCCAACCCGAAACUGAAGCCAUCACUCGCUUGGCAGUUUGUGGUCCAAACUGAAAGGCCAUCAUUAUUCCCAUGCAUUUUCCUGAAUUUUGUUUAUAAGGAUCAUAUGCCAAGCUCACAAUGAGCUCCAUUAUUUCUAAUGCAUUUCUGAGAAGUUUCCUUACAUCUACGCUUGUUUGUAGAAAGAAGUUUUGGCUGUUUCCAAAUGGGAUUUUCUUGUGGUCCUGCUCACAGAUGCAGAUAUUUCCCCACCGGCAGCAGCAACUGUAGAAUGUUGUUGGCAUCAAGAUGCAAGCCUGUAUUCCAACCCUCAUCUAAUCAAGGUUUGCCAUUUCCUUGGAAAAUCCCUUAAAUUUCCUUUUUAAAAACAUAAUACAGUGGUACCUCAGGUUACAUACGCUUCAGGUUACGUAUGCUUCAGGUUACAGACUCCGCUAACCCAGAAAUAGUGCUUCAGGUUAAGAACUUUGCUUCAGGAUGAGAACAGAAAUCGGGCUCCGGCGGCGCGGCAGCAGCUGGAGGCCCCAUUAGCUAAAGUGAUGCUUCAGGUUAAGAACAGUUUCAGGUUAAGUACGGACCUCCGGAACGAAUUAAGUACUUAACCCGAGGUACCACUGUACUCACAAUAUCCAAAUGACCAUUGCAUAUACCAAGAGUCUAAUGACAGUCCCACGGCAGAAUAUCAAUGUUUGGCAAUUAUAAGGCCCGCAGUGCCUAGAAGAAAGAUUAGGCACCCCCUGUUGCAUAAUUGCUGAUUUGAUUCAUCUAUAUUCCCCAGCAGAACUAAGAGAGGGGAUUGUACAAUUUUCAUACUGCAAAUUGAUUCUAUUUCUUUAAAGACCAAAGACCAAAAUUUAUACACCAUGCUGGUGGCUGGAUCUUACAUUAGAUAGGGAUGGGAGAGUCUGUCACUUUUGGUUUCUCUCAGUUUCUCAUUUUUCCAGUCUUCAGUUUUCCACAUUUCCGUAUCAGUUCGUGAAUUAAACAAAAUAUCCUCAUGAAAAUUCAACAGCAUUUAGUGCAAAUGUCUCAUGACAUCCACAUGUUCUCUGCUGAUUCCUCUAAUAUACAACCUGAGGCAGAAUUGCAAAAGAUGUCCCCGUCACCCCAAGCCAGCUAAGGUGGUAUAUAUAUCACCAGAGGCACAAAAUCCCUUCCUCCUGAGAUAGGGUUACCAGAUGUCCCCGUUUCCCAGGGACAGUCCCUGGAUUUGCGAAUAAGUCCCUGGACAAAUUCCAUCCCCGGAAUGUCCCUGGAUUUCAUCUAAUGUCCCUGGGAAACGCAGCAGCGGAAGUCUCAGCAGCCCGGAGCAGUUGGCUCUGGCUGGCUUCAGGAGCUGCUCGGAAGUCCCCAUAUGAUGGUGGUGCGGGGGCUCUAAGAUGCAGCUUCCGGGCUGCCUCCACCUUCCCUGACCCCAGCAACUAAGCUGUGAAGGGAAGCUUCAUGCUGCCUAUCGGAGCAGCCUCCCAACUCCUACUUGCGUGCAAGCAGGAGCGGGGCAGGGAUCUCUCAGCUGUGAAGGGAGGCUUCAGCUGCCUAUCAGAGCUUGCGUGCAAGCAGGAGGGGGGAGGGAUCUCUCAGUCAGGCAAAGUCAGGCAACGGGAAGCCUCCCUUCCCAGCUGAGGGAUUCCUGAUGAUGUGGGAGUCAUAAAGCCACGGCAAAGGCUUGUAAUAUUGCAGGGUGCCCCCUGACCUCGGCUGACCAGCACUCUGAGCUUUACAAUGUAUUGGAAUGUAUUGACCUUAAAUGGAGUUGUGUUUCCUCUGGGCAGUGAUGACCUUAUAUGGUUUGUGGGUGGGUUAAAGCCAUGACCGGAUGAGGUAACGUGAGACAUUGGCAAACGGCCAUGCGGCUGGAGAGAGACAAAGGAUAAUAAAAAAGCUACCGGAGGAGAGGGAAGUUCGAAAGGAGCUGCUCAUACCAUCCUGAAAAUAUUGCUGGCUCUCUGUGUCUUUAUUUUAUGCUAAACUGCGCCAUUUGUAACGGCUGGCUCCGACAUGAUGAGGAAUGUAGGAAAAAGAAACAAGAGCUAAAUAGAUUAGCAAGGCAGACUAGACAAUUGGGAAAUGAAAUAUGGGUAAUAGAAAUGGCGCAACAAGGAAGGAAAUACAAACAUUUGCUAAAAGUAAAAAUGUGCAUCGUUGCAAACAACUUUGCCAAGAACUGGAACAAGCUGCAGUUGGGAGCGAUACAGUUAAAUUCUGGGCCUUAGUAGCAUAAAAAUCUGAGCAAUGGAGAGCAGAGGUUGAUGCACAUAUUAUGGCUGGUAAGUGGGAAGGUUUCUUUUAAACAAGUUUUUAAUUCACAAUUUCUUAAUGGUGAAGUAUAUUCUGACAUCGGUCCCCCAGAAUUGAAUGAAACUGAUCUGUGAACUCCUUUAAAGGUCAAAUAACUGAUAAAUGCAUUCAAAUUGUCUUACUAGGUACAAAAAUGAAACAUCCCGUUCAUCAAGCAGAAAACAUUGCUAUGCAUUAAUUUCCAUAUCGUGGUUCCCAGCAUCCCUGGGACUGUCCCCACACGUCCUUGGUCCAAUGCAUGUAGGAGGUCACACUCCAGGCUUGCUGUUCUCAUCUGUCCCAGGAGAGGGUGAUCUAGCAUUGAUGACUCAUUCUCAUGACUCAUCAUAAUAGUGUCAUGCUUGGACCACUUACUCUGGUAAGGUUCAUACUGCCUUCAUCAUCCAUCCCUGCAUUGGUGGUGAACUUCUAUAAAAUAUUUCCUAUGGUGAUCUCCACAUUUCCUAUGAUUAAAAAUUUAUCCUUAAUUUUUAAAAAGAGUUGUCCCCCAGGGGUGCCAACUGGGAAAAAUAUUGGGUUGGGCAGGUACAUCCCGUCUCACAUAACGAUGAAUGGCAAUGCCCAAUAAACAGCAACAUCCUACAACCUGUGUGCAAAUUUUGUGCAAAUAAACAAAGAUGAAUGUAAUGCAUCACAGACUUUCCCCCCCAAAUUUUAAGGCGUAUAUGAAUCCUUUUAAAUAAAUAAAAGUAAAAUAAAAGCCAGCAACUGAUACCUCAACGAGGGCUGGCUCAAAUGUUGUCCAAGGAAGCCAAACUCUUGUUCCAUUUACACUGAGGUAUUAUUUCUGGCUUGUUUUAUUCUUAGCUCUUCAAGGAAGUUCUAAGCAUCUUGGACCCAGAGAUGCUUCCGAUGAAUGAAGAUGUUGUUGCUGAUGCUGACAUUACACAGGAGUACCCAGUUCCCUCUGCAGUUCCGUCUCAGUUGGAGGACAAAAGAAAGAAGCAAUCAGGGGCCAUGCUCAUUGGCUGGUGAGUGUCAGGGAUCACACAGAAAAAGAGCAUGAUGGGUUGCUUCUGAAAGGAUGAAGGUACUGAAAUAAUGAUGAUGGUGGUGGUAAGGAAAAUAUAGGUACCAUAUAUAAACCAGAAUUCCCGGAACGCCAAGAUCCAGGUUCUCACACCAAAGGAGAACCCCAGCAGAGAAUUAAAAUCAUGAAAUAAGUGGCAAAGUAAAGUGGGGAAAUAUAGCCUGUUAGUCCUUUAAAAUAUGUCCUUGUGAGUUCCAAAACUUCCCUCUUCCCCUAGCAUAGAAAAAAAACCACAUGUUAGGUAGGUUAAAAUUUGUUUACUUACAACUUCUUCCAAUAUUAGUUUCAAAUGCUUUUCCUUAAAACAUUCAGGGAAAGCUGCAUAGGCAGCAAAACUUUGCUUAGUUACAGUGGUGAAAGUUCCUAAAUUAUUGGAUAGGAAGUCAAGAGUGGCUUGUGAGAGCCAUGUAGCUAAGCUGGAGGAACCAGCUUAGUCCCUUCACAUGCUGAGCUCCUCAGGCUGACUGAAGGGAAGCAAAGGCUUGAUUGCUUAGUCCCUCCUAAGGUGAAUAAAGCCUGGCAGAACAGCUUGCUCUAUGGUAUUAACUCCUUCAUGCAUUAAUUAGACUUAAGCUUGUUGGUUAAAAGAGGUUUGUUAUCCCAUAGCUGCAGCACCUAAUAAUGUGGACAGCAAAAAACAAGGGUCCUGUGAUACUUGACAGACUAUGGGCUCCUCUAAAUAUCAUGAUGAUUUGUGCUCAAGUUGCUAUGUGAUUCCACUUCCUACCUACCUAUCUAUCUAUCUUGUAUACCACUUCAUAUUUCAAGAGAAAUCUCUAAGCAGUUUACACAUCCCAAUGAAAAAAUAUGUACAAAUUCCACAUACAAUACAGAACAAUACAAUACUCUUUGUUGUCCUCCUCCUAUAGUUGCGCUAUAAGAAACAUGAUUAAGCAACAAAGAUAUCUGAAAACAAUGUACAUAAGUAACAUAAAUAAGAGCCACAAAUUCAAAUUGUACACAAAGCAUCAAGAUACAAUUAUGAAAAAGGAACAUAAUUACAAUAUACGUAUCAUCUGGAUAAUCAAAUAUUACCCAAAAGCGCACAUAUAAUAAUAACACAAUCACCAAAACCAUUCACAUGUACUCUACUCAAAACUAAUCUGAACACAAAACCCCCCACAUACCCUAUUAUUAUUCAACAGUUGCACUCUCCUUACACUGACAAGAUCCAUCUGCUUCCCAUCUUGCUCAAAUGAAAGCAAGAAAACCUGAAACUUUGCCAUAUUAAGUGAUAGUCAGCUCUGUCUCUGUUGCACACCCAACACCUGGAACAAGACCCUGAGGGACUGCUGGGAACUAUGAAGCAGUUUACACGGUUAGGCCAUGUGAUGGCCUGGGACUUGGGCUCAGACUCGGAACCAGAGGAGACUCAGUCUGCAGCGGAUCCUUUGCCUCAGGCAUCAUCUGAACCAAGUCUGGGGCCUGAUCCUGAAGAGUCCCAGUCUGCACAGGUUCCCCUGCAACAAGCACCAGCUGGGCCGAGUCAGGGGCCUGAGCCUGCCCUGGCUCCAGAUGCGGGGAUUACCUCGUUACCUUCAGCUGGGCCAUCACUUACAGCUGCUCCACUACUGGCUUGGUCAGGGGAGGGUGAGGCGGCCCCUGGGUCUAGUAACCCACUGACAUCUCCUGAGCUGCAGAAACUGAGGUCUGAGAGAAGGAGAGACCUUACUCGCCAGAGGAGUGCUCGCCUUCGGGCGAAACAGGGAGGUGAGUCACCGGGGGAUCAGGACCAGCCGCUACCCUGACAAAGAUAAAAGGCUGUCGGACCCUGCCCCAGGUUGCGGGAGCAACAUUGUUGUAUGCUAGAUUCUGCCCCUGUCCUUGCCUGGUUUCCUGCCUCGUGUCCUGCCUUGGCCCUGUUGGACUGACUCCUAGCGGAAUCUCCUGAUUCUGGACCCGUCCUGGACUGCGUUUCACGGGUUACCCCUGGGCCCAGCACAGGUCUUGUCUAUUUUUUUCCUCAUAGGGGCAUGUGCCAAGUUUUAGGGGUGGUCCAUUUCCAGUAACUGCACACCCCACAACUUCCUGCUGAAAUCCCCACAACUUUUUCUACGAUAAAUGUUCUGGCUUAUUUUUGUUCUACUUUACGGACAACCAUAAUGUGGCAGACAAUAUGGAGCUAUAUGGACCAGUGGUCCGACAUGGUAGAAGGCAUCUCCAGAUGUUUCUGUUCACGUUCCCCUGCCUGACUUCCCCUGAAAUUGUUUCACCCCAAAUGUAUUUUCUCCUGUCAAGGAUUACUUCUGGUCUCAGAACCAUAUUAAGAGAAAAACACCAGGGGCAAAGCACUUGUGGGGAGAUGGGCAGUGAGGUGCAGGGAAGGUUCCUCUGCCCCCUUGAAGUUGCCCUCUGUCACCCUGCUUUAUAGCACAAGGACAUACAUUUUCCACAUAGAUUUGCUGCAGCGUGUAAUUUUGCCGUGCUUAAGGUUGGUUCAGUCUGUCUGAAGGCCAGUGUAAAACCUGAACCACAGAUGCACUGCCUGGCUCUUGAAUGCCACCUUGUGGAGUUCAGUGGGUCCAGUGCUUGCAGAGCCUUUGGAGAAAGAGAAAACGGUAGUGAAAUAUACUCAGAGUCGAGAGUGGAUUUCAUGCUCUUUAUUCAGCUCAUAGUGGUGAGGAGGGAAUGGAAGUCCCCUCAAAGUAUCUGCUUUAUAUACAUUAUUUACACAAUGGGCUGCACGUGAUUGGCUAAUUCUGGAAUUCUCCUGUAGGCCAAUCAGGUUGUAGAUUCACUUCUAUCUGGAGCUGGAUUGGGUGGCUCCUGCCGACCAAUCAUACUGCUGCAUUGUUUUAGGACCAGUCAGACUGCUGCAUUCUGAAUCCUAUUGUUCUAGGACCAAUCAGACUGCUGCAUUUUGGAUCCUAUUGUUCUAGGACCAAUCAGACUGCUGCAGUUUGGAUCCUAUUCAACUCAGUACAUAACAGGUAGCCUCUGAGAAGAAGAGCCUGCUAGAUCAGGUCACUGGUCCAUCUACUUCAGCUUCCUCUUCUCACAAUGACCAACAAGAUGCCUGUGAGAAAUCCUCAAGAAGGAUCUGAGGACUCUACCCCCUACUUUGGUUUCCAGCAACUGGUCUUCAGAAGCAUUGCUCCCUCCAGCUGUGAUUUUGUUGUUGUUGUUUAGUCGUUUAGUCGUGUCCGACUCUUCGUGACCCCAUGGACCAGAACACGCCAGGCACUCCUGUCUUCCACUGCCUCCCGCAGUUUGGUCAAACUCAUGCUGGUAGCUUCGACAACACUAUCCAACCAUCUCGUCCUCUGUCGUCCCCUUCUCCUUGUGCCCUCCAUCUUUCCCAACAUCAGGGUCUUUUCCAGGGAGUCUUCUCUUCUCAAGAGGUGGCCAAAGUAUUGGAGCCUCAGCUUUAGGAUCUGUCCUUCCAGUGAGCACUUAGGGCUGAUUUCCUUCAGAAUGGAGAGGUUUGAUCUUCUUGCAGUCCAUGGGACUCUCAAGAGUCUCCUCCAGCACCAUAAUUCAAAAGCAUCAAUUCUUUGGCAAUCAGCUUUCUUUAUGGUCCAGCUCUCACUUCCAUACAUCACUGCUGGGAAAACUGAUAGCUGUGAUAACUGGUAGGAAACAUUUCUCCAGCAGAGGAAGCUUCUAGGCAGGCAUUCAGUAUUGGAGAGGUCAUUUAGACUGUGGAGGAAGAACAUAAACAUAGACUUGAUCUCCUUCUGCAGGGCCUGUAAGACAGAGCUAUUCCGCCUGGCCUUCAAUUUGAAUUAGCCUGAUUCUCAUGGGAAAAAUUUAGGUUGUAUAUCGGAAAGAUAAGGUGAAAUAAUGAAACCAGUAGAACUGAAAUAAACCUCAUAAUAUGAAAUACAAAGAAAUUUACUGGAUAAUAAAAAUAACAAGAAGCAAAAUGUAUAACAGGACAAAUGUAAUUAAUAGUAGUUGCAAAUGAAUAUAGAUAGACAAGAAUUGUGUAAAUAGAAGGAUUUGUUUGUGUACAAAUAUUCUAUGGACAAAAAUGGACAAAUAUGGAAGAGGAACAAUAAUAUGCAAAAUGGAUAAAGAGCAAGUAUGAAUGUAGAAUGUGAUACAAUAUGUGUAUGUGGAGUAUGUGACUGAAAAACCAAUAAAGAUUAUUUUUUUUAAAAAAAAGGAAUUAGCCUGAUUCUCUAUUCCCUUUUCCCUUUUCUCUUCUAUGAAGAAACCCUUUCUGGGACCCCACAUUUAAAUUCUUCCCUGGUCUCCUUGCUGGUCCUAGUAGGACCAACUUGGCCAGUUAGCCCUGGUGAUCAUUUGAUGUCUACUGACUGGGUUCCCCGCCGCCAUGACCCCCUGAAUUUUUGAAUUUUAUUGAUAUUGAUGCUGCAUUUUAUGUUGUAUUUUAUGCUGUUUUAUGCUGUUUUUAAGUCGCAUUUUAAACAAUGUUUUAUUGUCGCUGAUUGCUGCCCUGAGUCUGGUUUUUAAACCAGGAAGGGCAGGGUAUAAAUAAAAAUUUAUUAUAAUGAAUUUAUUAUUAUUAUGGCUAGUAGCCACUGAUAUCCCUCUCCUCCAUGAAUUUGUCUAAUCCAUCACUGCCUUCUGUGGGAGUGGGUUUCAUAGUUUUAACCAUAUGCUGUGGGGAGAAGUCCUUUCUUUUAUCUGUUUUGAAUCUUCCAACAUUCAGCUUUGUUGGAUGUUUACAAGUUCUAGUAAAAAGUUCUAGUUCUAAGGAUGUGGGUGGCGCUAUGGUCUAAACCGCUGAGCCUCUUGGGCUUGCUGAUCAGAAGGUUGGCAGUUUGAAUCCCUGCAACGGGGUGAACUCCCGUUGCUCUGUCCCAGCUCCUGCCAACCUAGCAGUUCGAAAGCACGCCAGUGCAAGUAGAGAAAUAGGUACCACUGCAGCGGGAAGGUAAACGGCGUUUCCGUGCACUCUCAUUUUUGUCACAGUGUCACAUUGCACCAGAAGCGGUUUAGUCAUGCUGGCCACAUGACCCGGAAAGCUGUUGGUGGAUAAACGUCGGCUCCCUCAGCCUGAAGCGAGAUGAGUGCCACAACCCCAUAGUCACCUUUGACUGGACUUAACCCUCUAGGGGUCUUUUAGCCCCCCACACUUUUUUUUUUUACAAGUUCUAGUGUUAUGAGAGAGGGAGAAAAACUUUUUUCUAUCCGUAUACUCCAUGCAAUGCAUUUUUUUUAAAAAAAAUAAAUUUCUAUCAUCUCGCUUCUUACUUGCCUUUUCUCUAAAUUAAAACACUGUGAGGACAUGUGACUCAUUUAUGCUUUUAAAUAUAUUUUUUAGAUGUUAUACAUUUUAUUUUAAAUUGUAUUCUUUCACCGCUUUGGUGUUUCCUGCCUUGCCCUUCCUCCUUGAGAGGAAAGGAUAAUGAAAAUUUAACAAACAAACAAGGGAAUGGGUUGCACCGUUAAUGGUUUUGUUCUGCAAUUGCUUCCAGCAGCAAGGACCCCAAAGGCAAGGACCCUUACAAGUGGUUCACUAAAACGGAAAUAGCAGCAAGAGAAAGAGAGGCCAGGAUGAAUUAUGUCCCUCCCGUUGGCGAGAACGUGAAACAAGCUGCGAAGGAGUUCUGCAGGUGGUUUGAUUCUCUGGUGAGCAAAAUAAUCCCUGCAUGCAAUCUUGCUGAAAGACCAAAAGUAGGUUUUAUGCUAUAGAUUAAUGUCUCAAUGUUGCAUGUGGAGAACUGACUUGUCCAGAAGGUCUGUAACUGUGGCAGAGCAUUGCAUACAUUGCAGAAGGUCCAAAAUUACCAUAUUUUUCGCUCUAUAGGACGCACUUUUCCCCCUCCAAAAAUUAAGGGGAAAUGUGUGUGCGUCCUAUGGAGCGAAUGCAGGCUCCUUGGCUUCAGUGAUAGCAACGCGAAGCCUCCGGAGCGCAGAGGCCUGGAGAGCGAGAAGGGUCGGUGCACACCGACCCCUCUCGCUCUCCAGGCUUCAGGGAUAGCCGCCUGAAGCCUCCGGAGUGCAGCGGGAGGUCCCGCUGCGCUCUGCAGGCUUCGGGAUCCUUUUGCUGAAGCCGGGAGAGCAAGACUCUCCUGGUUUCAGCAGAGGGAGAGUUGCACAGCGCCCCUUCAGCCAAGUGGGAGGAUAAAUGGAAGGGGCUCCGUUUCUCCUGCCGCUUCGCUGAAGGGGUGCUGAGCAGAGAGGGGGAGAAUUUUUUUUCUUGUUCUCCCCCUCUAAAACAAGGUGCGUCCUAUGGUCGGGUGCGUCCUAUAGAGUGGAAAAUACAGUAAAUUCCCAACAUCUCCAGGUAACACUGAGAAAUACCUCCCUCUCUGAAACCCUGGAGAGCUACUGCUGGUCAGUGCAGACAGAAUUGAGUUAGAUGGACCUAUGGUCUGACCCAGUAUAAGGCAGCUUCCUCUCUUUCCUGUUGUGAUUCUGUACCGGGGAUGGGUGAAUCUGACCAUUUCUGUUCCGUAUUAUUUUCAGACCUUUUCAUUCCACUUUCACAUUAAUCUGUGGGUUUUAAAAUUACUCCCAAAUUUAUAUUUUCUCUCAGAAUAUGCAGUGUUUGUAUUUGUAUUUCCUGCCAUGUUUUCCUGUCAGAACUGAUGCAUUUCAACUUUAGCAAAAUCCAGAACAGUUUAAGCUCCAGUCUGAGAGGUGUCGCUCAUCAAGUCAUAUCAGUUGGAGGAGGAAGAGAGGAUGGGGGUGAGGAAAGAGAUGUGAGUGGAGGGGCCCCCUCUUCCCACCCUUUGGAGCCCCUGGGAAGCUCAACAAACCUGCUGUAACUGGACCUGGGUGUGGAGAGAGCAUUUAAUGGGACACAAUUGUGGGCAGCUGAGGAAGCAGCAUCCCCCCUGGGCCUUCCCAUAGAAAACAAGUCAAGAGUUUCAAAUUAGUGUGAUGUCCACCGUUUCCAGAAACUCUUCUUGUCAUGAGACUUUUGUGGAUGAGCUAAGAGUUUAUUUGGACCUUGGCAAGAACCUAGAGGCUGAGUGGGAGGCUGUGUCAGAAGGAAAAUGAAUCAAUACUGAUUUUUAUAUAUCAGUAACUUUGUAUUGGGACGCGGGUGGCGCUGUGGUCUAAACCACAGAGCCUAGGACUUGCUGAUCAGAAGGUUGGCGGUUUGAAUCCCCAUGACAGGGUGAGCUCCUGUUGCUCGGUCCCUGCUCCUGCCAACCUAGCAGUUUGAAAGCACAAAGUGCAAGUAGAUAAAUAGGUACCGCUCCAGCGGGAAAGUAAAUGGCGUUUCCGUGCGCUGCUCUGGUUUGCCAGAAGCGGCUUAGUUAUGCUGGCCACAUGACCUGGAAGCUGUAUGCCGGCUCCUUCGGCCAGUAAAGUGAGAUGAGCCCCAUAGAUCUGAAUCCAAACUGGACCUGCAAGCAGCCAGUGUGGGGCUUGCUAUCAGUCUCAAUCAGCUGAUCAAUAGGGAACUCCUUAGGUGCAGCUGAUCCUUGAUUGGUUAUGUUCUGAAUCACUAGAAGCCCGAGCUUUUUGUAAGUCGCCCUCCUCGCAAGAUUUCAUGCUGUUAAGACCUAAAACUGAUUCUUAAGUUUACUAAAAUAAAGAUUAAAAAUAAAUGAUUUUUUUAUCAAGGGAUAUUUACCAAGGCUAAUCUGCAAUUGUGAAUAGCGAAAAUAUACUCGAGUUAAUAAAUAUCCCUUUUGUUGGAAUAUAUUUAUAAAUAAUAUAAAUAUAAAUAUAAAUAUAAACCUGUUUUAACUGAAUUACCAUUCCAGGGUGGAGAGAAAUAUGACAUUGAUGAAGCCACCAUUAUAAGCCUCUUUGAUACAAAUUACAAAACCAAGCCCCCGUUGUCUGGCCCGAUACACAUUGAGGAGCUGAACUAUUUGCCUGCUGAGUUGCGGAAGUAUGUAGGGAUGCCAUCUCCCCAGACAAGCCUGAGAAGCCAUGCUCAGCAAGGUAGCCAUUCCAAGGUAAGCAACCCUUGGGUCCCCAGGUUUAGUCAUCUUGUACUUGCUAUGCUGUUCUUUGGGAUAAAGCAAAAAGCUCUGGCAAAGGAGUGCUUUAAUCUGCUUCAGUUGCAUACAACUGAAGUGCUCUAGUCCCUCUUGCCAAAGGGUGACUGUUAUGUACUGAAGUUCUCACCCUGGGCCAGCAGGGGGAUACUGCAGAUAGUUCAGGUCCACAUAUGCAAAUAAGGGAUCGAAAGUGACGUUCAGUGAUUGGAUAGUUACAGAAAGUUGUUACAGUUACGUUGUACUGGAGCUCUAUAUAAGCAGGCUGGCUGAACCCUUCAGUUCAGUUCUGUUCUGGCCUGUGAAUAAACAAGAGCUGUUUGAAGAAUCGCUGUGUCGUCUGAUAUGUUCACCCACAACUUAACAGUGACAGUCUGGACGCAGGGGUCAGCAAACUUUUUCAGCAGGGGGCCGGUCCACUGUCCUUCAGACCAUGUGGUGAGUCAGACUAUAUUUUUGAGGGGAAAAUGAAUGAAUUCCUAUGCCCCACAAAUAACCCAGAGAUGAGUUUUAAAUAAAAGCACACAGUCUACUCAUGUGAAAACACGCUGAUCCCCAGACCGUCCGCGGGCCGGAUUUAGAAGGCGAUUGGGCUGGAUCUGGCCCCUGGGCCUUAGUUUGCCUACCCAUGGUCUGGAGGCACCCAGUGUUUGAGAUGCAGUUUUUAAAAAUGCAAUUAGAGAUGAUAUUAUUAUUAUAAUAAUAUUAUUAUUAUCAUUCAGGAAUCUUGUCAAUCCAAGUCUGAGAAGAUCAGGUAUGGUGCCUGGUACCUGGACCCAAAGACAUGGAAGAAAGAGAAACCUUUAGAAGAUCCAAAAGCAAGAGACAGAAGCUCCAGGAAUUCAAAGAGGGCAUUGGGUGAAAAGGUAUUGCCAAAUAUUUGUGUGUGUGUGUGUGUGUGUGUGUGUGUGUGUGUCUUUUUCCGAGUGAAAGACUCCGCAUCAGUCAUGCAGUCAAUGAGAGAGUGACAUUGGGAUGUAUAAUAAUAAUAAUAAUAAUUUUAUUAUUUAUACCCUGCCCAUCUGGCUGGGUUCCCCCAGCCACUCUGGGUGGCUCCCAACAGAAUUAAAAGCACAAUAAAACAUCAAACAUUAAAAAGUUCCCUGAAGAGGGCUGCCUCCAGAUGUCUUCUAAAAGUCAGAUAGUGGUUUAUUUCCUUGACAUCUGAAGGGUUCCCCAGGGAGGGUGCCACUACCGAGAAGGCCCUCUGCCUGGUUCCCUGUAACUUGGCUUCUUGCAGUGAGGAAACCACCAGAAGGCCCUCAGAGGAGGACUUCUGUGUCCAGGCUGAGUUAUAUAUAUCAUGUAUGUAGAUAAGCAUGGUCAAACCAGGGACCUACAGUUAGCUGUCUCAAGAUGUAUGAAUACUGGGACCCUAGGAUGAAAGGUGGGUAAAAAUGAUGAUGAUGGCAAAAUGGGACCAGAAAAGUGAACGCAAAGGCAGCGGCAGCAUCUCAGCUGCCUUCAAUAGUAUAUCUUGGUCUGAUCUGUGCUCAGAUACAUAUUACCCCCCUCCUGCAGAAUCCCUAACAAUUUCAGUUAAGGCUCUCCCCCUAGUGGAUUUAAUUUGCACAUCUGUUGGCUGAAGCCACUCCAGGAGGACCUCAACAGAUUAAUGGCUAUGUAGUGCUCUGUAGAUCCAAGUUGUUUAGGGCUUUGUAAAGGUAAAGGGACCAUUAGGUCCAGUCGCGGACGACUCUGGGGUUGCGGCGCUCAUCUCACUUUAUUGGCCGAGGGAGCCGGUGUACAGCUUCCGGGUCAUGUGGCCAGCAUAACUAAGCCGCUUCUGGCGAACCAGAGCAGUGCAUGGAAAUGCCGUUUACCUUCCCGCCGGAGCGGUACCUAUUUAUCUACUUGCACUUUGACAUGCUUUUGAACUGCUAGGUUGGCAAGAGCAGGGACCGAGCAACGGGAGCUCACCCCGUUGCGGGGAUUUGAACCGCCGACCUUCUGAUCGGUUUAACCCACAGCACCACCCGCGUCCCUAGGGCUUUGUAGGUCAAGAUAAAAUCCUUGCGCCUGGUUUGCUAGCUUAUAUUGGCAUCCGAGGCACUUAAUGCCAUUGAACUUAAUGGGGGCUGUUGCGAAUCAUGCCUUCUCUGACUGCAUAGCCCUGCUCAUAAUGAAUGCUUAGCCCCAUCAGGCCAGUGUUCCACUUUUGGAGGCCCUGGAAACACAGAUAAUACAUUUGUGUGUGUUCGCACUCAGUCGAGGGGAGAGGGAAAGGGAGAGACGCAGAGGGGGUGAAGAAGAAGAAAAGAGCUGGGGUGAGGGAAGGGAGGGGGGAAAUAGUCCCUCAAUGUGCAUUCCCCCCCUGCCCAAUUUUUUUAUUGAUUUUCCACAUUUAUCACAAAUAAAACAUAACACAUCACACAACCAAGAAAGACACAAUACACUACAAUAAACUAAACACAAAAGAAAAUUAAUGUUAACUACCUAAAUCUCUUUAUAUUGGUGACUGGCUUCCUCGAAUCCACUCUAACUGAAUUUCAUUAUAUCACCUGUAUAACAGUUCUCCAAAUUCAUAUUUCUCAUAAUAUUAACUCCUUUCAUUUACUAACCUCUUCACCUUUAUUAAUAUUCAAAUCCUUAAUAUUAAAUACCACAUAUUCUUGUUCUACUCCUAGUCCUAUUUAUUACUUCCAAUAAUUUUCUAAUUAUCUUAUCUCACAAUAUUUAGCUAGGUAUUCUUUAAAUUUCUCUCAAUGUGCAUCUUAACAUGCUUUGGUUUGGAAUGACUUUCCAGGAUAUGGAGAUCAUGCAGCUUCAUGGAACGUACGCUUUUAAGGAAUUCCUUGAAGGAAAAGGCUACCGGAUCCCAGAUGUAAGGCUUAAACUCACGCAUUUAUUAUCAGUGAUCAAGAACAAGUUUGGUUGCUCGUUUUCUAUAUACUGAGGCAUUGUUUUGGGGGCUAGAAAAUGCUUCUGAAAACCAGUCACUGGAAAUCCCAAGUCAGGACAGCAGUAUUUAUAUUGUGUUCAUUAAAUUCGUACACCACCCUUCAUCCAUAGAUCUCAGAGCGGAUCACAACAUAUAGGGCCUAGGACCCUCUCGUACCUAUGGGACCGCCUCUCCUGGUAUGCCCCAUGGAGGACCUUACGGUCUACAAAUAAUAACACCUUGGAGAUCCCAGGCCUCAGAGAGAUUAGGCUCGCCUCAACCAGGGCCAGGGCCUUUUCGGCCUUGGCCCCAACCUGGUGGAAAGCUCUGCCACAAGAGACCAGGGCCCUGUGGGAUUUGACAUCUUUCCGCAGGGCCUGCAAGACGGAGUUGUUCCGCCAGGCCUUUGGUCAGGGCUCAGCCUUACUCCCCUUUUCUUUUUGUGUAAGAACUAAUAUGAAAGAGGCCUCCUAGAAUUCUCACAGGCCCAUAUAAGAUCAGUGUAAACACUUGAGCCGAUGACUUACUGUUCCCAACCCUAACCCUGCGGAAAGCCUUCUAAUUAGAAUUUGAUUUUGACCUGUUUUUAGGAGGUAAUUUAAUUAUUGUUUGAUUUUAUACUAAUGUUACGUAUAUACUUGAUGUUAGCCGCCCUGAGCCCAACUUUGGCCAGGGAGGGCAGGAUAUUAAAAAAGUUUUGUUAUUAUUAUUAUUAUUGAACUACAAUAUGAAAAACACAAAAUACGUAAUAAUUUUAAAAAUUGUGCUCAUCUCCUGCUUAAGGGCUUCUCAUAAGCAUCUGGUUCCCUACUGCGAGAACAGGAUGUUGGAACAGAUGAGAUUUUGGUCCAGCAGAGCUCUUCCUUAUGAGGAAGAGGGCCUCCUCAUGAGUCAGACCUUUGGUCCAUCUAACCCAGUAUUGUCGACAUCAGGGGUAGUCAACAGGACGGCCUCCAGAUGUUGACGGACUCCAGUUCCCACCAUCCCUGACCAUUAGCCAUGCUGGCUGGCUCUGCUGGGAAUUGUAUUCUGGGGUGCAACACGUUGGCACUUGCUGGUCUAUAUUUAGCAGGAGUACCAGCUUGGCCCCAUGACUGUGGGUGCUAUGCAGCAUGCAUGGCCCUGGCAUUGAAAUUGGGGGUGCCUGGCUCCUUCAUGGGGAAUUUUGUGGGAACUCAGAGCUCCAGGGAGUCGGCACCUAUGGCUCUUAGGGUUUCAAAGGGCAGAGGAGAUACCAUAUUGGAUUAGAGCAGGUGUUUCUCAAACUUGGGUCCCCAGCUGUUGUUCGACUACAGCUCCCAUCACCCCUAGUCAGCUAGGGGUGAUGGGAGUUGUAGUCCAACAACAGCUGGACUCAAGUUAGAGAAACACAGGAUUAGAUUGUAGUCACUGGAGUGGCCUUCAGUAACCUGGUGCCCUCCAUAGGUUUCAGGCUACAACCCCACCAGAUGGGAGUUGUAGUCGAGAGGUGUGAAAGACGCACUACAGAAAAUAGUGAAGAGCUCCUUUUUUAAGAAGAAACCAAAGUGUGUGUGUUUUGAUCCAGUUCCUGCAGCAGAUGCUGGCUGUAGAAGAAGAAGCUGGACCAAGAGUGGGGGCCCUGAGACGCUCCAGGAAUGAACUGUGAAGAGCCUGUGGAAGAUUUUGCACCAACAAUGGGGAAUUAAUAUAAAAGCUUGAACUUAUCAAGAGGAGGCCUAAGUGAGUGUGGGUCUACUGUAGGCCAGCCUAGUGGUUGGAGCGAUUGCCUGGCUGGGUUGAGGGAGGUGUGGGGGUGAGCAAGCUGGU